UCAUUCUAUUCUCCUUGGCGAACUACGGAGGGGGCCCCUCUGGUUCAUCAACUUCGGUUCCUCGAUUUGUUCCAUUUGUUCAAAUUUGUCCCGCCCCAGCGCGUGGAGCUCUGGAGACGUUCUUCACGUCGGCGGUGCCGAGCUUCCAUUCUUGUCCCUUCUACCCUACAUAACCACGCCUUCCCCCCCUCGCGCUCCGCGAGGUCUUCUAGAAGGACGAUGGGCAUAAUGGAGAAACUAGGGGUGACAGACCCCUUGGCAAAGCUUCCCCACAAGCCGCAGUCUUACAACGACAAAUAUGUUGUCGCCUACGACUUCAGCGAAGUCGGUAUGUCAGAUUCUCAUUCUUUUUCUAUUCAUGAUCGGGAAUUGUCGUUGGAAUGGGGCUGGCCGACUGACUGUGCCCCAGAUUCUGAGACCUCCGUCAAGGAGCUCACCACCCUCCUUAAUGAACUCGAGUCUGCUGGUCUCCAGACGGAAGUAAGGGCCGGCUACGAUCAGACCCUUCUCAUCUUUGUCAAGGCUCCUCGAGAGCUUCUUGGAAACACCGUCUACAAGUCAAGAGUGAAGGACUGGCUCUAUGGCAUCAUUCCCGAACACCCCGGCGGCACAAAGACCACCGUUGUCGAUGGUGCUUUUGAAGCCGAGGACAUCCUCUCGGUUUACCAUCUCGUCAACUGGCCCAAGUCUCUCGGUGGCGCUGGAAUCACCCCUGAGACGGGCAAGUGGAAGAAUGUCAAGGCCAUCUUCCCUCUUCACAAUGAGGAGACAAACCAAUCCCUCAUGAAGCAUCUCAGCAAACGGCUGUUCCUGACGCCGGACGACAUUGAUUCCAUCCGCGACCUCUGGGGAACCAAGGUCGCAUUCUACUUCGCCUUCAUCCAGACCUACCUUCUCUUCCUCACCUUCCCCGCAAUCACCGGUGUCAUUGCAUGGUUGUACUUUUCAAAGUACUCCCUCACCUACGCCAUCGCGACCUGCGUCUGGUGCACCAUCUUUCUAGAGUACUGGAAGAUCCAGGAAGUCGACCUCAGCAUCCGAUGGAACGUGCAAGGAAUCGGCAAGGUCAAGGUCAACAGGCCGCAGUUCAAGUACGACAAGAUUAUCAAGGACGAAGCCGGCCAGGAGAAGCAUUACUUUCCCAAGUGGAAGCAGGUCUCCCGCCAGCUGCUCCAAAUUCCCUUUGUCUUGAUUUCGGCUCUGGCACUGGGUGCAAUCAUCAUCGCUGUGUUUGCUAUUGAGGUGCUUAUUUCAGAAGGCUACGAUGGUCCUUACAAGAGCAUGAUUGAAUACGUUCCGACUUGCUUGCUCGCUGUUGCCCUGCCAUACAUCAGCAGCGGCCUUGAAGAAGUCGCCACGAUGCUCACGAACUACGAAAACCACCGAACGGCCGAUUACCACGAAAUGUCCCUCACGCAGAAGAUCUUCGUCCUCAACAUCAUCACAAACUACCUUCCGAUUCUCAUCACAGCCUUCAUCUAUGUCCCCUUUGGCGACACCUUUGUCCCCUGGCUCGAGGGCAUGACCAAGGGCUUCCUUGGUGCCAUUGGCCAAAAGUACAUGGAUGACGACCUCAGCUUCCAUGUCGACUCUGACAGGCUCCGCGACGAGGUCAUCGCUCUAGUUGUCACGGGCCAGAUCUCAGGCUUCUUCGACGAAAACAUCAUGCCAGUUCUCAAGCACAAGGCGCAAGGCAUCUACCGCGAGUACAAGCGGUCACACUCCAAAGACACGAUGCUCAUGUCCAUCGUCAAGGACGCCCCCGAGGAAGCUAGGUUCCUCCGCAGCGCACGAAACCAGGCUACCUUGGAAAAGUACAAUGUCCAGGACGACAUCGCCGAGAUCGUCCUCCAGUUCGGUUACCUCGCCCUCUUCUCCCCCGUCUGGCCCCUCAUCCCAAUCGGCUUUCUAAUCAACAACAUCGUCGAGCUACGCACCGACUUCCUUAAAAUCUGCAUGGAACAUCGGCGCCCACCCCCCGUACGCACCGACGGCAUCGGCCCGUGGAUUAACUCUCUCGACUUCCUCACCUGGGCUGGCAGUCUCUCGACCGGCGCCAUCGUACACCUCUUCGGCGCAAAUAGCAUCGGUGGCGGAGCGUGGUGGGCGUUGCCCAUCACCAUUUUCAUCAGCGAGCAUGUCUUCCUCGGCCUACGAUCGGUCGUCCGCUUCUGCCUGGAGAGCAUAGGGUCUGAGCAGAUUCGUAAGCAGCGACACCAGCGGUAUGCGACACGCGUGAAGCAUCUUGAGGAGAUGGAGGCCAACAAGCAGGCUGGGCUGAUGCUGUCUGUCGCUGAGCGCGAGAGGCGCAAGUCGAUUCGGGCGAUGGGACAGGAGUCGUUCUGGACGACACAGAUUGAUGACGGCGCGAGUGCCGCGGUGGGAAUAGGUCUGAUUCAGUCAGUCAAGAGGGCCGAAGUUUUGAAGAACGGGCAGCCGAAGAUUGACUAGUAGGUUGCCUGUUUUUUCACGCAGGUCAGAUCAUCAACAGAACCGGCGUCUUGUUUCAUUAGAGGGGUAAAAGUUAGAGCAUGAACACCAUGCCAAUAGAUUGCGAUACAUCAUCCCUCCGUUCCCCUACUUCUCGAGUCGCGACUGAAGCUAGGUGAUUGGAGCUAGGUGGAGAUUGGACGAAGUGGUACA